UCGUCGGUGUGAUUCAGAUCACCGUAAAGAUCUAUGAGAUCCGUAUUGGAGGUGCUUGGUCCAGCCGCACGUCCUGCAGCAGCCAUCCUGCGGGCCUAAGAUGAUCCAGUUGAUGGCACUGCAGUUAACCUAACAUCACGAACAUUUCUUUCCACGGCGAGGAAGCAGCUCAUAGCCCAACUCCCAAACGUCCCAAGAAAAAAAGGUUAAAAUGCUGUCGUCUAUUGUUGCAAGAAGACUUGUUACAGGGUUACACCGGGCAGCAUGGAGACCAGCGGUCACAGGGCUGGUAUCAUCUCGUGGUUACCGUGGAGAUGCGCCCGAUGACACCAGAGGUGACCUGAUUGAGAUCCCUCUGCCCCCUUGGGAGGAGAAGCCCAGCGAGCCCAUUGACAUCAAGAGGCGCCGCCUGCUGUAUGAGAGCCGCAAGAGGGGGAUGUUGGAGAACUGCAUUCUGCUCAGCCUUUUUGCAAAGCGAUACCUGAACACAAUGAGUGAGAUCCAGCUGCAGCAGUACGACAGACUGAUUAAUGAACCAAGCAACGACUGGGACAUCUACUACUGGGCAACACAAGCUCAGCCUACCCCUGACGUUUAUAAGGGCGAGGUCAUGGACAUGCUGCAGGAGUUCACAAAGAAUCGAGACCAUGAACAGAGGUUGGACGCGCCCAACUUAGAGUACCUGGACAAGGAAAGUCAAUGAGGUCCAAGGCCUUGCCGACCUUCUCAGAGACUCAUUUUUGGUGGAGCGCUGGGCUAAAUAUCAGUGUUAUAACCCACCUCAAACAUCUUUCAGAAGACAGCAGCUGUGUCUCUCCAGUAAUAUGCAGCAGAGUGUACAAAAUAUUAACCAUCCAUGACUACGGUACAUCUCUCUGUGAAAUAUUCUCACCAUCAAAGCCUCUGUGCACUGCUUUUUCUGUUAUUAUAGAUUUGCGGGAGCUGAGGGACAUUUGCAGACUGUGAAAAGUCGAAUGCAAGACAAUAUUUGGAAGGUUUUUCCGAAGAUUGUACAUUAAUUUUAUUGUAAAUUUGUGAUUCAAGACUGUAAAUGUAAACUAUGAGACACAUACUAAUCAAGACAAGUGUUGAUAAAUGGAUACAUUUGUUUCUAAACUUCACAAGUGAAUAGAAAUGCAUUGAGUCACUCAUUAGCGUAACAUGUUGAACUGUCACGUUUUGGCUGUUGAUGAUGUCACUGUGCCUAUUACAGAUAUUAUGGGUUAUUUAAUAAAUGUUGAUGCUUGGGAAAA